AUGUCCCCUCCCCGACGUCCAACGAGGACACAAUCUCGACGCCUGGUGUCGUCGCUCUCUCUUGUUUUUCUCACUCUCGUUGCUCUCCUUCUUCUUUGUCCCGUUUCUGCGAAUGCCCAGGAUGACAAGAAAGCAGACUACGGAACGGUCAUCGGUAUUGACUUGGGUACGACCUACUCUUGCGUAGGUGUUCAGCGGGCAGGACGAGUAGAAAUUAUUGCCAACGACCAGGGUCACCGAAUAACACCAUCAUGGGUCAGCUUCACUGAUGACGAGCGAUUGGUCGGAGACAGUGCGAAGAAUGCCUACCAUGCGAACCCCGAGAAUACGGUGUUCGACGCAAAGCGUCUCAUCGGCCGUAAGUUCGACGACCCGGAAGUCAAACGUGACCAGAAACACUGGCCAUUCAAAGUCACGAACAGAGGCGACAAGCCCGCAAUUGAGAUCCAAUAUCGUGGUGACACUCGUGAAUUUACGCCUGAAGAAAUUUCGGCCAUGGUUCUUGUAAAGAUGAAGGAGACUGCGGAGGCGUACCUAGGCAAGCCCGUUACUCAUGCCGUCGUUACUGUUCCAGCCUACUUCAACGACGCCCAGCGCCAGGCGACCAAGGAUGCAGGCACUAUUGCAGGUCUUCAGGUACUUCGAAUUAUCAACGAGCCCACGGCUGCUGCCAUCGCGUACGGCCUUGACAAGAAGGGCGGCGAGUCGCAGAUCAUCGUCUACGAUCUUGGUGGUGGUACCUUCGAUGUGUCUCUGCUGUCUAUCGACGAGGGUGUCUUCGAGGUGUUGGCAACCGCCGGUGAUACUCACCUCGGUGGUGAGGACUUCGACAAUCGCGUCAUAGAAUACAUGACCAAGCAGUACAAGAAGAAGACCAACACCGAUGUCUCCAAGAACCUGAGGGCUCUCGGUAAACUCAAGCGCGAAGUCGAGAAGGCCAAGCGCACUCUUUCUAGCCAGCAGUCGACUCGGCUUGAGAUCGAGUCCUUCGAGGACGGCAACGACUUCUCGGAGACGCUCACCAGGGCCAAAUUUGAGGAGCUCAACAUGGAUUUGUUCCGCAAGACCAUGAAGCCCGUCGAGCAGGUGCUCAAGGAUGCCAAUUUGAAGAAGGAAGACAUCGACGAGAUUGUCCUAGUCGGUGGUUCGACCCGAAUCCCCAAGGUCCAGCAGCUCCUCAAGGAAUUCUUCGGCAAGGAACCCUCAAAGGGUAUCAACCCUGACGAGGCUGUUGCGUACGGAGCCGCUGUUCAGGGUGGUAUCCUCUCCGGUGACGAGUCCUUGGGUGACGUUGUCCUUGUCGACGUCUGCCCUCUGACUCUUGGUAUCGAGACCACUGGCGGUGUGAUGACCAAGCUCAUUUCUCGCAACACGGUCAUUCCUACUCGCAAGGCUCAGAUCUUCUCUACGGCCGCAGACAACCAGCCGACUGUGUUGAUUCAGGUUUACGAGGGCGAGCGGUCAUUGACGAAGGACAACAAUCUUCUUGGCAAAUUCGAGCUGUCGGGAAUACCCCCCGCCCCUCGCGGAGUGCCCCAGAUUGAAGUCACGUUUGAGAUAGAUGCCAACGGUAUCAUGCGCAUCUCCGCGGUAGAUAAGGGAACUGGCAAGUCAGAAUCAGUCACGAUCACAAACGAAAAGGGCAGAUUGACGCCCGAGGAGAUCGAACGGAUGGUGAAGGAGGCCGAGGAGUUUGCGGCGGACGACGAGGCCCAACGAAAACGUAUUGAGGCGCUAAACAGCUUGUCGACGUUUGUCUAUGGUUUGAAGACCCAGCUCGGCGAUCAGGAGGGCCUUGGGGGCAAGAUCAGUGAUGAUGAUAAGAAGACGAUCUUGUCCACGGUGAAGGAGACGGCCGACUGGAUCGAUGAUAAUGGACAGAGCGCGACUGCGGACGAGUUGGAGGAGAAGUUGAGCGAGGUCCAGAAUGUCGUCAACCCUAUCACGAGCAAAUUGUACGAGGGUGGCCCAGGACCUCAGUACGGCGCAGGACCUGAUGACGAGGACGACUUCAGCCGCUCGCACGACGAGCUGUGA